AUUUCCAUUUCGGCUACUCCCAGCUGCCUCUAGGACUCCCUUUUAAAAGAGGGCUGAAUCCAGCUGUUGCACACUGAGCUGCAUCUUCCAGAGCUUCUGCUCCUGCUCUGACCGCCCUCACCUGACUGAAAGAUGAAGGCCUCUGCAGCUGGAUUGGCUCUCCUCCUCAUUUCAGCCUCCUUUUCCCAAACUUUCUGUGGCCCAGCUGGACCCAACAUCCCAAUCUGCUGUGUCACAUAUAGCCGGCACAAACUCCCAUGGAAGCUCAUCCAGCGUCAUUACAGCACCAGCAGCAGCUGUCCUCAGCCAGCCAUCGUGUUUGUCACAAAGGAAGGCCGCCAGGUCUGUGCCAAUCCUGAAAACACCUGGGUCCAAAGCUACCUGAAAAUUUUGGAGCAGAACUGAGCCAUGCAGUGUGACAAGAGUAGCUGCUGUCAUGGACAAGUCACGUUAUCCUGAGCUCCCUCCGUGGAGUGGGACCCUGGGACAACAGGAGCCACAGGAGCAUCUGCAGGUGUCCCCAAAGGACUGCUGGAAGGGCAGCUUGUGUUCAUGGCUGCUGCUCAUCCUUGACUUGCACAGACUAGGCUUCUGCCUCAUCCCUCUGCCCCAUCCCUCUGUCCCAUGGGUGUAGGCCCAUGGGACUGCACCUUGGAUUAUUUGAAGUUAUUUAAGAAAUUAUCAUAUGGGACAGUCAG